AUAGAUGGAUGGAUGGAUGGACGGACGGACUGACUGGCUGAAUGACUGACUGACUGAUGUUCUGUGUACUGAAAAAAAAUCAGUAUCUCUUUAUCAUUUUUUUAGGAAUGUAUUUAUGGCUGUAUAGUACCUGGAGUAAUAAUUCAUUCAAUCAUUCUGUCUCCAUCCUUCCCUCUCUAAUACACUCUACCACAUUUUUUGUUUUCCACAAUUGCCACAUUCUUCCCUUUCCCAUCCUCCUUUUUUUUGGAUUGUUUAUAAUUAAUUUUUGUAUUUAUAAUAUGUAUAUUCCAUUUUUCCUCUUGGGGCGAAACAUAGCACAUAUAAUGGAAAAAUUCCACUCGUUUUAUGGCCACAGCGAUAACUGUCAGCUAACUUCUGCUGAAAGGUCCCACUAACCUGAGAAACAAAAUCAGUAGCUUGUUUUAGAUCUGUUUGGCAACAGGCAGAAAUCACAGCAGGCAGCAUGAUGAUAGAAAUUAAUGGCUACACGGUGAAUAUGCUGAUUCCUGCUUCAUUCACAAAGUCUACAUCCAUGGAUACAGACUUUCCCAAUAAAGCUUCUUGUGACAGAAGAAUGUGCUUCUAUUGGAUUGCAUGCACUACAUGCUAUAAAGUUAAUAUUGUGCCCGGUGACCCUUUUCAGGCCCACUAGCCAUGCCAGGCAUUGUGGUGUUCCGUCGCCGCUGGUCUGUGGGAAGUGAUGAUCUUGUUUUGCCUGCCAUUUUUCUCUUUCUUCUUCAUACAACUUGGUUCAUCAUCCUUUCUGUGGUGCUCUUUGGACUGGCAUACAAUCCCAAUGAGACCUGCUCUCUCAAUCUGGUGGACCAUGGGAGGGGUUAUCUGGGCAUUUUGCUCAGCUGCAUGAUCGCCGAAGUUGCAAUCAUCUGGCUCAGCAUGCGUGGCAGCAUCUUGUACACAGAACCACGGGAUUCCAUGCAGUAUGUGCUAUACGUCAGACUGGCAAUCUUGGUGAUUGAAUUUGUCUACGCUAUUGUGGGCAUUGCUUGGUUAACCCAGUACUACAGUUCCUGCAAUGAUGUUACUGCCAAGAGUGUUACUUUGGGAAUGGUUGUCUGCAACUGGGUGGUCAUUUUGAGUGUCUGCAUCACUGUCCUGUGCGUCUUUGAUCCAACAGGACGGACUUUUGUUAAAUUGCGAGCCACAAAGAGGAGACAGCGUAAUCUAAGAACAUAUAACCUGAGGCAUCGCUUGGAAGAAGGCCAGGCUAGCAGCUGGACCCGUCGACUCAAAGUUUUCCUCUGCUGCACACGAACAAAAGAUUCACAAUCAGAUGCUUACUCUGAAAUUGCAUAUCUCUUUGCUGAAUUUUUCCGAGAUCUUGACAUAGUCCCAUCUGAUAUUAUAGCAGGCCUUGUUCUACUACGUCAACGACAAAGGGCAAAACGCAGUGCAGUGUUGGAUGAAGCAAACAAUGAUAUCCUAGCUUUUUUGUCGGGAAUGCCAGUUACCAGGAAUACAAAAUAUUUGGACCUGAAGAACUCACAAGAGAUGCUGCGAUAUAAAGAAGUAUGCUAUUAUAUGCUCUUUGCUUUGGCUGCUUAUGGCUGGCCCAUGUAUUUGAUGAGGAAGCCUACCUGUGGACUCUGUCGCUUGGCCAGAUCCUGCUCUUGCUGUUGCCUCUGCACUACUCGGCCCCGUUAUGCACCUGGUGUCACCAUUGAGGAAGAUAAUUGCUGUGGCUGCAAUGCUAUUGCCAUUCGGCGCCAUUUCCUUGAUGAAAACAUGACUUCUGUGGACAUUGUGUACACUUCAUGUCAUGAUGCGGUUUAUGAAACCCCCUUCUACGUGGCUGUAGAUCAUGAAAAGAAGAAAGUAAUCAUCAGCAUUCGAGGAACUUUAUCACCAAAGGAUGCUUUGACUGAUUUGACUGGAGAUGCUGAGCGCCUCCCUGUGGAGGGUCAUCAUGGAACAUGGCUUGGACACAAGGGUAUGGUGCUAUCUGCUGAGUAUAUAAAAAAGAAACUGGAACAGGAAAUGGUGUUGUCUCAGGCUUUUGGGCGUGAUUUAGGCAGAGGAACAAAACAUUAUGGCCUAAUUGUAGUGGGACAUUCCUUAGGAGCAGGCACUGCAGCCAUUUUGUCCUUUCUACUACGUCCACAGUAUCCAACUCUAAAGUGCUUUGCUUAUUCUCCACCAGGUGGGCUUUUAAGCGAGGAUGCUAUGGAGUACUCCAAAGAAUUUGUGACUGCAGUUGUGCUAGGCAAAGACCUAGUUCCCAGGAUUGGUCUUUCACAAUUGGAAGGAUUUCGCCGACAACUUCUUGAUGUUUUGCAGAGAAGUAAUAAACCAAAGUGGAGAAUCAUAGUUGGUGCAACCAAAUGCAUACCCAAGUCUGAGCUCCCUGAAGAGCUUGAAGGGAACUCAAUAACCAGUAACCGCCUCUGGGCACAUCCUAGUGACUUAACUAUUGCCCUGUCAGCCAGCACACCUCUCUACCCUCCAGGACACAUUAUCCAUGUGGUUCAUAAUCAUCCUGUUGAACAGUGCUGUUUCUGUGAUCAGGAAGAACCUACAUACUUUGCCAUUUGGGGAGACAACAAGGCAUUUAAUGAAGUGAUAAUUUCUCCAGCAAUGCUGCAUGAACAUCUGCCCUAUGUAGUAAUGGAGGGUCUUAACAAGGUCCUGGAAAAUUACAACAAGGGCAAAACAGCUUUGCUUUCUGCAGCCAAAGUGAUGGUGAGUCCUACAGAAGUGGACCUCAACCCGGAAUUAAUCUUCCUGAGUCAACCCCUGUCUAGUAGACCUUCUGUACAGAUUGGAAUUGGAGACAUAACAGUGGACAGAAGGAACAGCAGUACUAAGAGUAAGGCUCACUCUGAAAUCAGUUUGGAAGGGUUUUAUGAAACCAAGCUUCUGUCACCAGUGCAGAAGGAUCCUGUGGAGAUCUUGCUGCUAGAUACCAAGGAACGCCUGUCUGUAGAACUGCAGGACCGGCGUGCUCCUCUUGCUACAAUGGAGAGCCUAUCUGAUAAUGAAUCCAUCUACAGCUUUGAUUCAAGGCGUUCCUCUGGUUUCCGUAGCAUCCGUGGCUCACCCAGUCUCCAUGCAGUCAUGGAAAAAGAUGAAACUCAUUGUUUUUAUAUUGAUCCAGCAAUUCCUGAGGAGAACCCCUCCCUUAGCUCACGGACAGAACUGCUUGCUGCUGACAGCCUCUCCAAACAUUCCCAGGAGACUCAGCCUCCUGAGGGCCUGCAGAACAGUGGAGACACCACUCCUCAGCGGCGAUGCAGUGAUGAAGGCGCUGGUAGUGAUAUCGAUCAUAUUUCCUUUACUCCAGAAGAAUUGACCCUCCAAAAUGGGAGGCUAAGUGAUGCCCCCAGCCCACAAGUGUUGGAGUUUGCGGAGUUUAUAGAUAGUCUCUUUAACCUGGACAGCAAAAGCAGUUCCUUUCAGGACAUUUACUGCAUGAUGGUAUCGGACAGCACCAGUGAUUUUGCUGAGAUUCCCAAGUCAGUCAGUGACCAAGAGAUCUUGCUAAGAGCACAGUAUGAACCCAACUUAGUCCCAAAGCCCCCCAGGUUAUUUGCAGGCUCAACAGAUCCUUCCUCAGGCAUAUCUGUUUCCCCUUCUUUCCCUCUGAGUUCUUCUGGAGAGCUUAUGGACCUCACUCCUACAGGCAUGAGUAGCCAGGAAUGCCUCACCACUGACAAAAUCCGGACUUCCACUCCUACUGGAAAUAUGACCAAUCCUGCCAAACAAGAAGACCUUGUGAUCUCAGCCCUCUAAUAUAGGAGAGAAGGUGCAGAAUAGCUAAUCCUAUAGUAGAGAAUCUUGGGAUAGCACUUGGAGGAGCUGGUCUCUUGGCAAGUGGGAAUGAGUGAAAAUGCAUGGGGUAGUAUAAUUUCCCUUCCUGGGUGCUACACUAAUGGCACUACAGUGGAUUUCAGCAUGAAGGAUGCCACAUCAUGGGUCACGUUCUUUAGUUAGGGAGAAAAUCACUGCCUAAUGCAGCUUGCUGCUUUUCAGGGUCUCAUUCACUGAACUUAGAUGAUUGGUUUCCCUACCUCAGCAUAUUUCUUUAACAAGAAGGCAGACUCAUUGCCUUUCCUGCUGAAAUUAUGGGCUAGAUGAUUAGAGUAACUGAGGCUAAAAGGUCUGAUAAUGCCCAAUUGUCAUGUCAAAAUCAAGGAAAUUGUGGCAUCAGGCUUUAUUGCACUAGUGUGUCAUGUUUGAUCCAAGUAUCUGUUUAUUGUUGUCAUCAUGAUUUUUUUAUGACAUGCUCUCCUGUUUUAUAGCCAUUGACUGUGUUCCAGAGGAAUGCAGCCACCUGCUCUAAACCCUAACUGGGUGCAGUGAGAAUUGGGAUGGGGCAACCUGUGCUCCUCCGAUUAGCUCUGUGUUCAGUGAUAUCCGCUCUUCUUCUAAGAAGAAAGAAAAUACAUGUGCCGGAGAGUUGAAGGCCAUUUCCAUCUUUCAUCACCCACUGGAGGGGUGAACAGUCUCUUGGGUCUCACAUUGUUGCACAGCUCCCCAAACCACUAUGAAAUAGAGACAAUCUUGCUCUCUAGUAUAAUUGAUAUCUUUAUUUGCAUGGAUUGAUUGGUCUAAACUACCUUUUGUUCUUCAAGAAGCUUGCCUAUGCCCUGCAUUAUUCCCCAAGUCCUUGAGUAUGGAACUAUUUUGUUCCCAUUUAUAAUUGCAGUAUAAUAUUAUCUGUCUCUGAGUUCAGGAAAAAGAGGGACUUUUACUGCAUAUUGAAAUCUCAUGUAUGUUUACAUAUCUACUAAACAUUUGGGAGGUAAUCAGGAAAUAUCUACUUUUGUGGGGAAAAUGUGCUCUCCGCGAUUCCCAUUUCUCUAUUGACAUGGGGCCUAACUCAACUAUGGAAAAAGUAAGAAGAAUUGCUAUUACAUGUCCUUACUAGAAAGUAAGACUGGAAUGUUGGCAUUAACCCUCUGUAUAUGCAUCCUAACACCCAACCGAGUAUUAUGAGCUUAUGAAUAUGAGGUAAUUGCACAACAGCAGCUCCUGCAUCUCAGCUAUUAAUCCUGCAAUUUGGUGCUCACAAUUAAAUUCAUGACAACAGGGUGACACUGUGUAAAAUUGCAGGGAUUUUCCAAUGGUGAAAUUGGGGAUGAAAUAACAUUUGUGUAGAAGAUAAAUAUACUUGAUCUACAGUCCUUUUUUUUGUACUAAAAUAUAACUGAAUAUGACAUUAACGCCGCAGCAAAUUCUUAACUACAGACUAGUUCAAUAUACUGUGUCUGGGUUCUACAAACUAUACUAGAUUCAUCUCACAAGUCAUGAAGUAUGUCCUUAGUAAAUCCCUUAAGUUUGCAGCUGUAAGCCUCUGAGUAGGCUGUUAAAAUAAAGUGGUUUUGAGGAAUUUUUUAAGC